AUCAGUGGAUCUGUUGGCAGUCUUGCGUACUGCAGCUGAGCGCAGAAGGAUUGGCUUUAUUGCACUAGGGGGAACAGUAGGUAUCCAGGAUAUACCAGGCAAGUGGUAAACACAAAGGGAGGGCUAUCUGCUGCUGCUGCCCCAGUCAGUACUUGACUGAGAGAGAGACAGACGGAGAGAGAAAGAGAGAAGAAAUGGAGACAUCCAGCCAGCUACUAAGUCUUAACCAAAAGAAGGAGGAAGAUGUUGGGACUAGCUUGUUUCACUGCCAUAUGAAGCAAAGGAGGCUUUUUAAUCCUCAAGAGGAGAUGAAGUUCCUGUUACACCGGUUGAUAGUCGUCGCCAGCCUCCCCCAGCAACUCGCAGACAGAAAAGACCUGGGAGUACACUACGAAGAACUGAACCAGCGCUUGCAGAGGUAUUACCAAGGAGAUGCUAUCACAGGCCUGCUUUUGCUGUACCCAACCUGCAUGCUUCAUGUCAUUGAGUCCUCCAGCGAGGUUCUUGUGUCUCUGCUGCAGGAUCUGAGGGACAUGCAGGAACGGCCACACUGUGUCCUGAUCGAGGCGCCCAGGGUCCUGGUGAUGUCACAUGACCUUCCCAGCAGGUUGUUCCAGCAGUGGAGCUACAAGGUGCUGAAUGUGCCGGCCAGGGUGGGUGGGAUGCUGAGUAGAGACGGGCCAGAGAGGGAGGAGGAAGAGGACACCGACACACUGGUCAGCACCGCCCUGUCUAUGCUGCUCAAGCUGGGGAAUCACCUCCUCAAAGCCACCAAGGGGUCAAAGAUGCCUCUGGGCUCUUUUCUGGAUGAAGUACCAGAGAUGAUAGUCCCCCAGGAUAUUCUGGUUCAGCUCCUGUCCAGAGGAGACCUUCUGAGCCCCCAGCAGUACCUGCAGGCCUACCACACCCCUCUCCACAUCCUCAUGGACUCUGAGCGUACUUGGCCUCCACCCGUGCAACUUCGAUGUGAAUUCUGACUUCUGAUGUGAUACAACUAGACAUUUGAAUGUGCUUCCUACUCAAUCUGUUUUCAGGGUUCAUAUGCCUGGUUAUUUGUAUGUGUUAUUGAGAACUGCCAUUCAUCUGGACUGUGUGACACAUUCAACUCUAAAUAAUUGUCCUUGCUCCACAAAUGGAUACUACAUAACAAGAUACAUUGUUUGGUACUGUAGUGUUAAAAUACACAGGGACUGCAGGGUAGGUUUGGUUGUAUAUUGCAAAUAUUUCAUAAAUAUUUUACUGGAUGUGAA